AUGGUAACGCUAGAAUACAGGUCAGCCUUACUCGCAUUUUGUCCACAGAUUCUGCAUAUUGAUCCAAUCAAUGGUACGAUUGUAUGUCAACACGGGCGUGAAGAGUGCAUGAUCAAUCGCUUUGAAUCAUGCGUUAUCGCAACGAUUCCAGGAAGGAAUGCACCUUUGCCUUAUAUAUAUUGUCUUGAGAAGCAAAUUGCAGCAAGAACCAAAUUCGAGGACGCUGUCAACAAAUGUUAUCGAACACUGAAAAUCUCGAAGCAAAUCCAGAACGCAAUCAACGUUUGUGUGGUGAGUGGUCUCGGGGAUCGUUUGCAGUUGGCUGCAGCCAAACGAACCGACCAGAUCUAUCCGGAUAAACACGAUCACGUUCCGUGGAUGUUAUUCAGUAACGUCAGUCUCGCACGAGCACAGUCGAUACAGUACUCGUUACCAUCCAGCAUAUGCCAAUGGUAUAAUGGCGAUAAAAUGCCACGUGCAUGCAACCAAAUGGAGCAUUCUUCUUGUGUCAAAAAUAACUGA